CUCGGAGCCUUUAAAGGGUUAAGGCGGCCGCGCUGGGCUCCUGCCGGCGGAAAUCGGCCAAGUUCAAACUCCCCGCAUGAAUUCCAGCCGGGAAUGAGCCGGGAAGCGCCGCCGGGAUGGCGCGGACCUGCCGCGAGUCCCACUUUUAUUACUACGGCAUCAAAUUCGCGCUCUCCGCCUACGCCACGCUCUUCUCGGCGCUGGGGCUGCUGCUGCUGGCCGUGGGCGCCUACGCCGAGGCGGAGCGGCAGCGGCACCGCACGCUCGACGGGAUCUUCCUGGCGCCCGCCGUGCUGCUGCUGCUGCUGGGGCUCACCGUGUUCCUGGUGUCCUUCGUGGGCAUGGUCGGGAGCCUCCGCGACAACCGCGCCCUGCUCCGAGCCUUCUUCUGGGUGCUGCUGCUGAUCUUCCUGACGGAGCUGCUGCUGAUCCUCAUGGAGAUCAUCUUCGAGAACAAGAUGAACGAGGUCUUGCACUCCAACAUCCAGGAGGGGAUCCGGCACUACUACGAUGACCUGGACUUCAAAAAUAUCCUGGAUUUUGUGCAGGAAAAGUUUUCCUGCUGUGGAGGGGACGAAUUCCGGGACUGGGAAGUGAACCGGUACCACUGGUGCAACGGCAGCGGCGCCCUGGCCUGCGGGGUGCCCCACUCCUGCUGCGUCCGCGGGGCUCCCGGAGGAGUGGUGAACACCCUGUGCGGGUACCGCGCCCUGGACAAGGAGCGCCUGGAGCUGCUCGGCACCAUCCACGUCCGGGGCUGCAUCCACGCCGUGGGGCUCUGGCUCAAGGACAACUUCCAGGCCACCCUGGCCAUCGUCUGCUCCCUGCUGCUGCCUCAGGUGCUGGGCCUGGCCAUGGCCUGGCUCCAUUGGCAGCAGCUCAACGAGAUCCGCUCCCCGCCUGGAUUCCCUGGAUUCGCGCCCCUCCCGGAGCCGGGCCGGGCCCCGCUGGAUCUGCGCGGCGCCGGCUGGUGCUGGUGCCUGCCCUCCGCGAGGGCGGGCUACGCCCCGGUGAGCCCCGGGAACCCCGAGGAGGAGGAGGAGGAGGAGGAAGGAGGAGGAGGAAGGAGCCGCCUGCUGCAGCAACGUGUGAGGAGGACUCGGAGCUCGCAGCGGAACGUGCGGGAAAAUCGGAUUUUUCCUCUCCAAUCCAGAACUUUCUUUGGGAAAACUGGAAAAAAUGGGAUUUUUCCUUCUCAGCUCCCAUUGGGAAAACUGUAAAAAAUGGGAUUUUUCUUCUCAGCUCCCAUUGGGAAAACUGUAAAAAAAUGGGAUUUUUCUUCUCAGCUCCCAUUGGGAAAAACUGGAAAAAAUGGGAUUUUUCUUCUCAGCUCCCAUUGGGAAAACUGGAAAAAAUGGGAUUUUUCUUCUCAGCUCCCAUUGGGAAAAACUGGAAAAAAAUGGAUUUUUCCUCUCAGUUUGUGAAGUUUCUAUGGGAAGACUGUAAAAAAUGCGAUUUUUUUUUUCUCAGCUCCUGUUGGGAAAACUGUAAAAAAUGGGAUUUUUUUUUCUCUCCAGUCUUGACGGUUUUUAUUUGGAGAACUGUGGAAAAAUGAGGUUUUUCCUCUUGGCUUCCCAAGUUUCUUUGGAACAAACUGUGGGAAAAAAAGGAGAUUUUCCUCUCAGCUCCCAAACUUUCUUGGGGAAAAACU